GUUGGAGCAGGUGGCUAGCCGUUUGAGAUGCUUUCCUCUUUGAAGAUACUGCAGAAGCUCAGUCGCCAUGAUGUGGGCAAACGGUACCCCAGCAGGUCUCUGUGCUGCAGCUCCUCCACAACCAUCAUGAGGGGCGGCUGGACUGAAACCACACCGAGCAGCUCAGGUAGGAAGGGGUGCGGCCCCAGCCCCGACACGAAGGAGGCAAAACCCAAAAAGUGCUGCUUCUCACUGUUGUUUGCCGUUUCUGAGAGAGAACAGCUCUAUGGGGAGUACCAAGAGAACCAAGGAGGCUCUGGCAGACGGGAGGCCACACGCCUGCUGACAGAGAGACAGAUCAAGAAACAUGGCAACCAUCACCACAGCCACGCCAAGACACGACAUGGCCGGCGCAGCCAUGGUCAAAAUGGAUACCACAGUAGGCAUCAGCACAGCUACCACAGCAGACAUAGGAACAGGCGUCAGUCCAACAUGGAGGCGGGGGAUGAACGAGAUGAGCAAACAGCUGAGCCUGACCUUACGUCCUCUAUAAAGAAGAAACGCUCCUACUCCAAAUGUAGAGACUGCAUAGCACGGGUGCAGCGAUUCCUUGUGACCAGGUUAGGAGAGGACUGGAUCUUCCUUGUUCUGCUAGGUAUCACGAUGGCACUGGUCAGCUGGACAAUGGACUACGCAAGUGCAAAGAGCCUGCAAGCCUAUAAAUGGAUUUAUGGGGAGCUGAGGGGAAACAUCCCCCUGCAGUACCUGGCUUGGGUUUCAUAUCCCCUGAUCUUCAUCCUGUUCUCCUCCCUCUUCUGUCACCUGGUUGCUCCUCAAGCUAUCGGUUCUGGCAUCCCAGAGCUGAAGACCAUCCUGAGAGGUGUGGUGCUAAAGGAAUAUUUAACUCUCAAGGCCUUUAUUGCUAAAGUCAUUGGUCUGACUGCAGCUCUGGGCAGCGGGAUGCCUGUAGGCAAAGAGGGCCCGUUUGUUCACAUCGCCAGUAUCUGUGCUGCAGUUCUCAGCAGGUUCAUGUCCUUCUUUUCAGGAGCUUAUCAGAAUCCAUACUGCUAUACAGACAUCCUGACAGUGGGCUGUGCUGUUGGGGUUGGCUGCUGCUUUGGUACUCCACUUGGAGGUGUGCUCUUCAGUAUAGAGGUAACAUCCACAUACUUUGCUGUGAGGAACUACUGGAGAGGAUACUUUGCUGCUACAUUUAGUGCCUUCAUAUUCAGAGUGUUAUCCGUGUUCAACAAAGACGCAGUAACCAUCACUGCUCUGUUCAGGACAAACUUCCGCAUGGAUUUCCCUUUUGACCUGCAGGAGCUGCCAGCAUUCGCCAUCAUUGGGAUCUCCUGUGGGUUCUUGGGGGCGUUCUUCGUCUAUCUCAACAGACAGGUUGUGCUGUUCAUGAGACGGCCCAACGCCAUGACCCGCUUCCUGACCAAACACCGGCUGGUCUUCCCUGCUGUGGUAACCCUGGUCAUUGCCACCUUGACCUUCCCACCUGGGUUUGGACAGUUCAUGGCAGGAGAGCUGAUGCCGAGAGAGUGUAUCAACUCCCUGUUUGACAACUUUACGUGGACAAAGAUUUCAGGAUCUCCUCCUCCGGUUGGUCUGGGCCUCUCUGCUGCCUGGCUGCACCCUGAUGUCAGUGUCUUCCUCAUCCUGCUGCUCUUCUUAUUCAUGAAGUUCUGGAUGUCCGCAGUGGCCACCACCAUGCCCAUUCCAUCUGGGGCCUUCAUGCCUGUUUUCAUACUGGGAGCUGCAUUCGGCCGGCUGGUAGGGGAGGUCAUGGCCACCCUGUUUCCUCAUGGGAUCGUGUUUGAUGGCAUCCUUUACCGUAUCAUCCCUGGAGGGUACGCAGUCAUUGGAGCGGCAGCUUUGACUGGGGCUGUGACUCACACGGUGUCCACGGCAGUUAUCUGCUUUGAACUGACAGGCCAGAUCUCCCACAUCCUGCCCAUGAUGGUGGCAGUAAUCCUGGCCAACAUGGUGGCCCAGGGCCUGCAGCCCUCCCUGUAUGACUCCAUCAUCCAGGUCAAGAAGCUACCGUACCUGCCGGAGCUCGGCUUCGGACACAUAAGCCAGUACAACAUCUUUGUAGAAGACAUUAUGGUGAGGAAGGUGAAGUUCAUAUCAUCCAAGUCCACAUACAGAGAAGUCAAACUCAUGCUGGACUCCACCUCCAUCAGUUCAAUCCCACUGGUCGACUCAAAAGAUUCUAUGAUCCUGUUGGGCAGCAUUGACAGGUUGGAGCUUUUGGCUCUCUGUGACUGGUGGUUGUCACCAGAGAGAAGGCUCCUGAUGCAGGGUCAGAGUCUACAGGAGCAGAACCAAUCUCAGAAACACAGCUGGGAGUCCUUCGCCUUCGUAGAUGAGGAGGAAGAAGAGGACGGAGAGAAGGGCAGCCCAUUGCAGGAGGAGAGAAACGGCCCCCUGCCUCCUCCGAAGCCUCAGGAACCCUCCUCAAACCACACUGCUCCUGUUCCCGGUCCUCUUCAGUCUGUGAGGAAAACACUCAGGAAUCUCUUCACCUCUGAGAACAGAAAGACAGACGGACAGUCACAGGAGCCCUGUCCUCCUCCCCUGUCAGACACAAUGACACCAGAGGAGAUCAAAGCGUGGGAAGAGGCAGAGAUGGACAAGCCGAUGGAAAUCGAUGAGAUACGAAUAGACCCUUCCCCUUUCCAGCUGGUUGAGAGAACAUCAUUGCACAAGACCCACACCUUAUUCUCACUGCUGGGGCUUAGUCACGCUUAUGUGACCAGUAUCGGCAAACUGGUGGGAGUGGUGGCACUGAAAGAGCUCCAGAAAGCCAUCGAGGGCUCCACGCGCUCUGGUGUCCGGCUCCGUCCUCCCCUCGCCAGCUUUCGCGACAUCAACAACCACAACUCUGUCUCUAAACCUCCACCAUCUUCUCCCGCUGUGCCUUCCUCUCCGACCUCCACCUCCGCUCCCUCAACUACGACUGUUCCCCAACCUCCAUCCCCCUCUCCCCCGCACCACCACCACCACCACCAUCAUCUUCAUUACCACGAGAAUGAACGAGAGGUGUGGAUCGAGGGCGUGACGAUGGAGGUGGAGGACAGCAGCAGCUGUAGCGCGGGAAGUGGCGGUGUUAGCAGCAGCACUGGGGCCUGCAGCUCACCCAGUGGGAGCUGCAGCUACAACAGCAACCUCACCCUCCCUCCCUCCACUACUCCACCCCCAGUCCCCUCUUCCUCCACUCCUCCUCUUCCUCCUUCUCCUCUUCCCUCCCCCGGCCUGAGACCCUUACAGAGACUCCUUGAGGGGGAUGAAGACAGUGAUGAUGAGCCAAUGGUUUAG